AUGCCUUCGUCUGCCGUCCAGAAGCGAGGGUUGAGGUCCAACACUCGUCGAGCAUCUCCUUCCCCAUAUUCUAAGGAAUCUGCGAUUACACCAACAAAUAGCAAGAAUCGCAAAAAUAAAAUACAUCAACUGACGCGCAAGGUGGCCGAGCUCCGGCAAACGAUAACGACGACGACGACGAUGCCAUGCCCAUGGUGCUGGCCUCCACCGUCAUCACAACCACCGCCGACGCAGUGGUCUCGGUCCUUGUGGCACAACCUGUCGUCUGCUCCUCCUCCUCCUCCUCCUCCUCCUCCUCCUCCUCCUCCUCCUCCUCCUCCUCCUCCUCCUCCUCCUCCUCCUCCUCCUCCUCCUCCUCCUCCUCCUCCUCCUCCUCCACCAUCACCACCAAACUCUUUGCUGGUGAACGAGGAAACUCGGGAUGAGAUAAUCGAGUUUAUAGGUAAUGCAAUCGAUAGGGCGCCCCAUGGCCAUAGGGAUGGGAGCGUUGCCCCCGAAGGGGAGUGUGCUUCUUGGGAUCCUGCAAUGGACAGCGAUUGGGAUAGGUUUGCCUCCGAACUCCAGGCAGUAGGACUUAAUGACAAGCAGACACUGGACAGCACAAAUAGUUCCAUCAAAGUGCAGUGUGAUAAGAUCCUUGAUCACAGUAACGUCCGAACACACGACACAUAUCCGAUUCGAACGACGUAUAAUAGGCUCGGGCCACAGUAUGGGAGAUUUUUGGGCAAUAAGAGUCGAAAAAUCCUAGAUGUAUGCGAGGAUUUUGCAUUUGAAGCUGUGAAGAUGGCCCCCUUUACCAUCUGCCUUGGGAGGCAUAAUUCGGAAUUCCUUCAGACGAAGUUUCAGGAUGCUGAGGGACUAUCUGUCGAAAAUUACGACAUCCAGACGUCGAUAACAAUGUACGGCAGAAUACCAUCUUGCCUGGUAAUUCGGAAUGCCGACGGGAUCAUUGUAAAUAUGGUCUUUUUCGGUUACCACGGCAUGCGUUUCAACAAAGAGAGGAAGCACGCCCGGGAGGUUGUAUUCCUGCGCAACUUAUCCUUGAAGCAGCUAUUUCUACCGCAGCUAUUGUCGCUAUCUUCUUCUACUAUCGCUACCUUCUUCUACACAUCCUUUUCGAAAGUGUUGGAAGCCUGGCUGCAUUCUCUUCAUCUGUGGCGGACCUGCUUUGAUGAUUGA